GCUUCACCACCCGUAGGUCGACCACGAGCAGCUUCCACCGCGACAAAGCAGAUUUUUCAAUCCGCAAUAGCUUCUGCACAUCGGCAGUCGCAUACACGAUCCCUUCUCAUUCGAUUCAAGGCUGACGCAGCCUCCAUUUCGACGAAUUCGACUCAAUCGCACAUUUCGAGCUCACCAUGGUCGACUACCUAUUGUCGGAGAGCCCAAUCGGCUAUGCAGUAUACAAGGUCAACAUCCAGGCGGAUGUGGUUGGAGCCAAGUUGAAGGAGGUUCAGCAAUCCGUGCAGGACCUGGCUCGCUUUGGAAAGAUGGUUGAGCUAGUUGGGUUGGCGCCAUUCCAAGGAACGGAGCAGGCUCUCAACGAGAUCAACGACGUGUCUGAAGGCAUUAUGUCCGACUACUUGAAGGCCCACCUCGAGACUACUCUACCAAAGGCCGGAAAGAAGAAGUCUGUCACCCUAGGAGUCUCUGAGAAGAACUUGGCUGGAAGCAUUCGAGCCGAGUUUGGCAGCCUCAGCUGCGAGACUGCCGAGACCAGCGAAGCCGUCGCGGAUUUACUUCGAGGUCUUCGCCAGCACGGACCCAAACUGAUCAAGAAGCUCCAGCCCGGUGAUAUGGAGCGCAGUAUUCUUGGUCUUGGUCAUGCUUAUUCUCGAUCUAAAGUCAAGUUCAAUGUUGCAAAGAACGAUAACCACAUCAUCCAGGCAAUUGCUACCCUCGACCAGCUAGACAAAGACGUCAAUCAGUUCGCGAUGAGGCUGAGGGAAAUUUACGGCUGGCAUUUCCCAGAACUCUCCAAGAUUGUCUCUAACAAUGACAUCUAUGCCAAAGUUGUCCUCAAGAUCGGAGACAAGGCGAAGUUGGGAGACGAGGAUGUCGACGAGCUCGCCAACCUCGUAGAGGGCGAUGAGAGCGUUGCAAAUGCCAUUGUCAAAGCUGCUAGAGUCAGUAUGGGUCGCGACCUCUCUGAGCAGGACAUGGAGAUUGCAAUGCAGACUGCCAAGCGAGCCUCCUCUUUGGCAGCCUACCGCAAGAGUCUUACCAGCUACUUGUCAAGCAGGAUGAACACUGUUGCCCCUAACUUGGCCGCUCUUAUUGGCGACACCGUUGGCGCACGCUUGAUCUCCAAGGCUGGAUCUCUCACCAAUCUCUCUAAGUACCCUGCGUCUACUGUCCAGAUUCUCGGAGCCGAGAAGGCUCUGUUCCGCGCUCUUAAGACCAAGGGCAACACACCCAAGUACGGAUUGAUCUACCAUUCGUCUUUCAUUGGCAGGACUGGAACGAAGUCCAAGGGACGGAUCUCCCGUUUCCUUGCCAACAAGUGCUCGAUUGCUUCCAGAAUCGACAACUUUUCCGACACUCCUACAUCCAAAUUCGGUGAGGCUCUGCGAAGACAGGUUGAUGAGCGCAUCGAGUUCUACGCUACCGGCGCACCACCAGCAAAGAACUCUGCUGUUAUGCAAGCUGCCAUGAACUCCGUCAUGGCGGACAUGGACUUGGAUGACCCGACUGCUCUCGCUGCCGAGGAAGCUGUCCCCGCUGCUGGCGUCACCGCCGGCGCAACUGAGCAGGCUCUUCGCAAGGAAAAGAAGGAAAAGAAAGACAAGAAGGAGAAGAAGGAGAAGAAGAGGAAGCAUGGCGAGGAUGAGGAUGGUGAGAGCAAAAAGAAGAAGAAGAAGAGCAAGGCCUAGACUCAUGCAUGCGUGUGUUGAGAAGGAGGAGCGCGCGCGAAAGGAAAAAAAAGCAUAUCCUGAGCCUCACGAUCUGCCCUGUUGUGGGCGCGGUACACAUACUUGGUACAUCUCUUACGACAUGGCGAUGUAUAGCUGGGCUGGCGUAGUUAGGGCGUUCAAGAGGGGAUGAACUUUGUCUUUUUUUGUUUUCUUUUUCUUUCCAAUGCGGGUUUUCUUUGGUUGAACUGUCGCAAUUCCACGGACGUUUGUCAGUCUAUUGCACGGCGACUUGAGACGGGAUGCGAUAUUGUGAAUUGUAUCACCAGAACAGGAAUAAAUGCAAUAGUCUUUCAGUGUAAUUGAUCCUUGUACAGCUACCAUGGG